AUGACAGGGGCCUAUGACAAGGUGCUGCGGGAGCGAAUGGUUCACAUCCUCCGGCGACUGGGCAUCCCCAGGGACCUGGUGGGAUGGGUUGCGUCCUUCAUGACCAACAGGAAAUCCACAAUUGCCUUUGAGGGCCAGGAAUCAGACACCUUUGACAUCCCAGCAGGCAUCCCGCAGGGGUCACCCCUAUCACCUAUACUAUUCCUAUUCUACAAUGAGGAACUGGUGCGCAUCUGCUCAAGACCGGGGCGCCCGGUGGUGUGCAUGGCCUUUGUAGACGAUGUCAACGUGAUGGCCUAUGGCCAGUCCACUGAGGACAACUGCAGGGAGCUCCUGCGCAUGCAUCGGGCAUGCGAGGAGUGGGCAGCACGGCACGGGGCGGUCUUUGCCCCCCAGAAGUAUGAGCUAAUGCACUUCACACGGGCGCGCAACCAAUUCAACCUACAGGCUGAGCUGAGACUACCAGGACAAACUAUACAACCGAAACAGGUGAUGAGGGUAUUGGGUGUAUGGUUAGACUCUAGGCUGAGAUGGAAGGGCCACCUAGACGCGGUGGCAGGCAAGAUGAAGACUCAAGUCAGAGCACUGUCCCAAACCACCCAAUCCACAUGGGGGCUCCCACUACGACAAGCGAGAAUGGUGUAUAACAUGGUCAUCAGGCCGGCCCUGACCUAUGGAGCAAUAGCAUGGCACCAGCCACAGGGGCAGGGGGGCACGGGUCCAGCUAAGCCAGGACUGGCCCUCAAGCUGACCACAGUGCAGAACUCCUGCCUCAGAAUAGUGGCAGGGGCAUACAAAAGAACCCCAACAAGCACACUGGAAGCGGAAACCCACACAGUACCCUUAGACAUCCACCUGGAUGGGCUAGUGGCAAAGGCGGUCAACAGGAUGAAGGCCUCAGGAAUGGCGCAACAAAUUGAGAAUGCGUGUGCGGCCAUAAGGACCAGGCUUCGGCACCGGGGGGUGACAAGGGGGGCACAGAGACACAUGGGAGCUGUGGUUCACCCGGUAGCCCUGCCAGUGGACUGGGAACAGCAAUGGAUUCAGGGUGCUAAGGAGAGAGCCACAGCAGAGAUGACACCGGAACAACGAGCCAACCUGGACCAAGCCUCAUAUAAUCACUGGCUGAAGCGCGAGCAGCUCUGGAGGUGGGUGCAGAGGUGGAAAAGACGUGAGCCCCCCUGGGGGGAGCGGCAUGGCCGGCCCCCAGACAAGAAAAUUCUGAAGUGGCACACCGGCCUGCGCAAGGCUCGCAGCACUAUCAUCAUCCAAUUGAGGUCAGGGAAAACCGGACUGGCAGCUUUCCUAAACCGGUGUAAGGUACCUGAAUUCCCCACCCCACAGUGCCCCUGUGGGUAUGAAUGGGAAACAGUCGAACAUGUUCUGAUACACUGCGAACGCUGGGAGCAGCAGCGUCAGGGCCUUAUAAGAAAUGGCAGGCUAGACAAGAGGAUGCUGCUAGACACCAAGGAAGGCCUGCAUCUCCUGUCAAACUGGUGGAUGGAGAGCGGGAUUCUAGGCCAGUUCACAUUAGCACGCGAGCUGACACACUAUGUACCAUAA